UGGCGGGCUGUGUAUAAGAUGGUCCCUGGCUGGGUAUCUGGGCGUCUAUGAAGUGACACUUUAAGGAUUGGCACCUUCAGGCAGAAAUGGAUGUGAAGACAACAGUUUCUCUUCUUCUCCUGCUGCUUGUGGGACUCUGUACCGCUCAUGACGGCGAGGAUGCUGACAACGAGAUCUCAGCAGACGAGUCUUCAACGGAGGACAUGACGACAACUAUCCUCAGGAUGAACAAUGGAUCUGCAGAUUUUCUGCUCGAAGGAGACGUGAUGGUUCCCAGAACCAGGAGUGCCAUGAAGUGCUUUAAUCAAAAGUACAGCUGUUUGUGGCCGAAGUCCGCAAACGGGAACGUAGAAAUCCCUUUCCGUCUGAGUGCCAAAUACGACAACGCUGAGAAGCAGACUAUUUUAAGGGCCAUGAAGGCCUUCGAAGGCAAAACCUGCAUUCGCUUCAUUCCCCGUAGGAUUCAGAGGGCGUACCUGAGCAUUGAACCGAGAAGCGGCUGCUCCUCUUUAAUGGGCCGUCUCGGAGACAAGCAGGUGGUGUCACUGCAGAGGUACGGCUGCAUCAGUCACGGCGUCAUCCAGCACGAGCUGCUGCACGCGCUGGGCUUCUACCACGAGCACACUCGAUACGACCGCGACCAAUACAUCAGAAUCAACUGGGAGAACAUCGACGCAUAUCACAUGCACAAUUUUAAAAUGAAAGACUCAGAUUUUCUCAACACUCCCUAUGACUACUCUUCUAUAAUGCACUACGGAAGGACUGCCUUUGGAAAGUUUCGAUCGGAGACCAUAACUCCCAUCCCCGACCCCUCGGUUAACAUCGGCCAGAGGGACAGCCUAUCUGACAUUGACAUUCUCAGGAUCAACAGGCUCUACAAGUGCUAGAGCUAAAACGGAUAUCAGAUCCUUUUUGUACGUCAUAUUAAAGUGAAAGUAUAGUAAUUAAACACUAAGAUUUUCCUCAAUCUUUCCAGAGCAUUUUGUCAUUUA